CCGGGAGUUCCCAACUGCACUUCAAAGGCGCAAAGGAUCUACAACUGGUAAAGGGAACGGAGACGAAACCUCAGACUGAUUGGAUUCAGUCAGGGCACACACACACACCCACGCACACACACACACACACCCACCCACACACACACUCAGAGACAAACACAUUGAUUCCCGUCAAAAGGAAGGCAUCAUCGCUCUGUUUAUGGCUGCACUUUUAGGCGAAGAACCCAGACUGGGCAGCACCCCGCUGGCAAUGCUGGCCGCCACCUGCAGUAGAAUCGGGGACCCGACCCCUUCCUGCUCCCCUGCUGUGUCAGAUGGAGUCCCGGCACUCACCAAAGGGUUUCAUCCCUGGAGAAAGACUUUCCAGGCCAACAGCAGCGCGAUCGCAGUUUCCUCUGGGCUCUCCAGGAAUAAUGGUCCAGGACUGACAUCAGAGGCCUCCAGCGCCUUCUCAGUGACACUUCCAAGCUCUUCUUCAGGGAGUGAUUUUUCGCUCUACCACGGCGCCGUGUCGUCCUAUGAUUACGAUGUUUCUGACUCCGCGUCCGCUCAACGCCCGAUGUUCAUGCCAAAAUUCCCCCCUUCGGUGGAAGGCAUAGCAGGGAUUUACCAGAGGAUGCAUCCUUACGAUUCCUGGAGAAAGCCAGCAGGAGAGGUCAGCAACGGGACUGCGGUAUGGUGGGACACGGGCACCAGCUGGGUGGACUCGCAGAACUCAGCCGGGUUACAGUGCGCCUUGAGCGGCUACAGUAACGACUACAGCCCCGCCUUCAGCACCGGUACGUCUCAGCACCUGCUCCCCGGCGCGCAGCACAUGUUUGACGGCUUCCGGCCACCUGCUUACACGGAGUCUACGAGCGCACGACCACCACUUCCUCCGCCUCCUCCUCCUCCAACGGGGACCCCUGCUGCUCCUCUACCCAGCCCCUCCCGGCCCUCGUCGCGCAAAUACGCUGGUAGAGCUACCUGCGACUGUCCGAACUGUCAGGAGGCAGAGAGCCUCGGUCAGGGGGGUUCGAGUCCACGGCGGAGGGGCGUGCACAGCUGUCACAUCCCGGGCUGUGGGAAAGUUUACGGCAAAACCUCCCACCUGAAGGCGCACCUGCGCUGGCACACCGGGGAGCGGCCGUUUGUCUGCAACUGGCUCUUCUGCGGGAAACGCUUCACGCGCUCGGACGAGCUCCAGCGACACGUGCGCACGCACACCGGCGAGAAGCGCUUCGAGUGCCCCAUGUGCCAGAAGCGCUUCAUGCGCUCCGACCAUCUCAGCAAACACUUGAGGACGCACACUUCUGAGGGCUCCGAAGGCUGCGUGGACCCGGGGUCCCAGAAGGGGAGCGGCGACACCGACAGAGGCGUCUCUGGUUGCCCGGGGGAAUCACCGGGCCUGGAAAAGGGCGGCCAGCGCGAUAAACUCGAGAGACCGGCGGGAAAACAGUCGCAACAAGUGGGGAUUUGAUGACAGCAGGCUGAAACGGGUUUUCUUUGGACACUGAAAGACUGAAAUAGCACUUUAUGGUUAACGUCAGUUGUGAAGUGUGAACAGUGUUUCCUUACCUCAUCUGAUCGUCGCAGCCUUAAAAGAAAUGUUUUUCUUCAGUUUCUUGGUCACCUUUGAUACAUGCUUCUAAUUUAUUCCACGUGCUUUUCACAUUCAAUAACUCUUUUGACUCAUCCUGAUACAUCUGACAAGUACGCACAUAUUUAAGUUUAUGUUCUUAAAUAUCUUACUUUGCAAAACUAAAUUGUUAUAAUUUAUCAUUGCUUGUACCUGGUAUCAAGUUAAUAAAACAGGAGGAAUUUGCAAGAUUUAUUAUGUCGAACUGUUUAUCGUAUUGUUAAUAUGUUCAGAAUGGUAUAAAAAGGUUGGUAUUCAUCUUCCUUAUAAGGGAAUUAUGGAAAGGCACGCUUUUGAUGUAUUCUAAAGGCAAUUUAAAGUGCAUCAUUGGGGAAAAAUGAAGCAAAAAAGUUGAGAAAAACUUGUUAGGUAUAAAAUACAGCAAAUGAAUAAUGAUAUAAUAACAUGAUAAGACAUGAUAAUCGAAACUCAUCAAAUAAAUAGACGACAUUAUCUAAUUAGUUAAAGUAAUGUUUUCAAUCCAAACAUUUCUGGACAUCACUAUUUUUCAGUUCCAGAAGUGAACUGAAAAACUGUGGAGUUUUUUUUUUUUUCUUUGGUUCCAGAAGUGAGAACCAUAAAAACAAUUCUUAAUAUUCCUUCGUCUUGUUUAGCUCUGGUCUUGGGAACACCGAGUAAGCAGGUCGAAUGGGUUCAUCCCGAAGUAGUACUAAGACGCAUUCGAUAUUCUGUGUCUUAUUGCGACCACAGGAAAAAAAAUUUUUUUUCCUGUGGACACAAUAAGACUGAUGUGAUUCAUAAUGUGGCUCGUUUUCCUGGUGUUUGCCUGGAACAGUAUGAGAUUGCUUU